CUCCCCACUAACGCUCCCAGCGGCUGUGGAGACUAAGCUUUCGUCCGGGCAGCCGCGUGGUCCUGGAUACUUUGUAAAGGAUGCCUCAUGAGGAAAUCCCCGACUCACCUCAACCUCAGGAGCAAGACUGCUCACUAAGUCAGCAUGUCAGUGCCAAUGAAGACAUGCUGGUUGGGCAGGGGAGUGGUGGGGACUCAGAGGCUGGGGAGUGCCUCUCUACUUCCUGUGAGUAUGGGCCAUCCACGUCUGCUGAAGCUUGUGUGUUGGAAGCCACAAGGCGAGGGCCAACCCUGCUACACAUUGAUCGGCACCAGAUCCCCUCAGUGGAACCCAGUGCUCAGGCCCUGGAGCUGCAGGGCCUGGGUGUGGAUGUCUAUGACCAGGCCGUCCUGGAGCAGGGUGUGCUUCAGCAGGUGGACAGUGCGAUGCAUGAGGCCAGCCGUGUGGCCCAGUUUGCUGAUGCGGAGAAGGAUUAUCAGUCAGUCCUGGAUGACCUCAGGUCCUGUACAACGUCCCUGAGGCAAAUCAAUAAAAUUAUAGAGCAACUUAGCCCUCAAGCUGCCACCAACAGAGAUGUCAACAGGAAACUAGAUUCUGUAAAACGUCAGAAGUAUAACAAGGAACAACAGCUAAAGAAGAUAACUGCAAAACAGAAACGUCUCCAGGCCAUCCUCGGAGGGGCCGGGGUCCAAGUAGAACUGGAUCAUGCCAGCCUGGAGGAGGAAGACACAGAGACCGGGCCAUCAUGUCUUGGCAGUAUGCUCAUGCCCGCCCAGGAAGCUGCCUGGGAAGAGCUGAUCCGCACUGGCCAGAUGACACCAUUUGGUACCCCAGCCCCUCAGAAACAGGAGAAAAAGCCUAGAAAGAUAAUGCUCAAUGAAGUAUCAGGCUUUGAAAAAUAUUUGGCAGACCAGGCACAACUGUCUUUUGAAAGGAAGAAACGAACUUCUAACAAAAGAGCAUCUAGAAAGGCCGCGGUCACAUCUGAGUCAAGCGCAGGACCAAAUGACACCAAACCCGACCAGAGAGGCCAAGUCCUCUCCCAAGCAGAUAAGCGCUUGAAGAAGCAUAUCAGGAAGCUCCAGAAGAGGGCGCUGCAGUUCCAAGGGAAAGUGGGAUUGCCAUGGGGGAGGAAACGUCUGGAGCCUGCUGUGAGGCCAGAGGCUGAGGGAGACACCCAUGGGGAGGAGUCUGGGUCCUUCCCCACCGAUGGGGAAGAGGAGGAAGAGCAAGAGGAGGAGGAAGCAGUGGCCAGCCCGUCUUCCGAUGACAUCAGCUAUGAACUGAAGCCCCUGCGGAAGGGCCGGAAAUACCAGAAGAAAGUCCCAGUGCAUGAGGUCGAUGAUGACUUUUUCCCAAGUUCUGGGGAAGAAGAUGAAGCUAGGGAAGGAAGAGGAGGAGGUCGCAAGGUAGCGAGGUGCCGAGAUGACGGCGAUGAAGAUUAUUUUAAGCAGCGGUUAAGGAGAUGGAAUAAACUGAGGCUGCAGGACAAAGAGAAACGCCUGAAGCUUGAAGAGGAUUCUGAGGAGAGUGACGCCGAAUUUGACGAGGGUUUCAGAGUGCCAGGUUUUCUGUUCAAAAAGCUCUUUAAGUAUCAGCAGACAGGUGUUAGGUGGCUGUGGGAAUUGCACUGCCAGCAGGCAGGAGGAAUUCUGGGAGACGAAAUGGGAUUGGGCAAGACCAUCCAGAUAAUUGCCUUCUUGGCAGGUCUGAGCUACAGCAAGAUCAGGACUCGCGGUUCAAAUUACAGGUUCGAGGGACUGGGCCCCACUAUAAUUGUUUGCCCAACGACAGUGAUGCAUCAGUGGGUGAAAGAAUUCCACACAUGGUGGCCUCCAUUCCGAGUGGCAGUUCUGCAUGAAACAGGCUCCUAUGCCCACAAAAAGGAGAAGUUGAUCCGAGAUAUUGUUCAUUGUCAUGGAGUUUUGAUAACCUCUUAUUCCUACAUCCGACUGAUGCAAGAUGACAUUAGCAGACAUGACUGGCACUAUGUGAUCUUAGAUGAGGGACACAAGAUCCGAAAUCCAAAUGCUGCCGUCACCCUUGCUUGCAAACAGUUCCGCACGCCUCAUCGGAUCGUCUUGUCUGGCUCACCGAUGCAGAAUAACCUCCGAGAGCUGUGGUCACUCUUCGACUUCAUCUUCCCGGGAAAGCUAGGCACAUUGCCUGUGUUUAUGGAGCAGUUCUCUGUCCCCAUCACUAUGGGGGGCUAUUCCAAUGCUUCCCCUGUACAGGUUAAAACUGCCUAUAAGUGUGCAUGUGUCUUAAGAGACACCAUUAACCCCUACCUACUGCGGAGAAUGAAAUCAGAUGUCAAGAUGAGCCUUUCUUUGCCAGAUAAAAAUGAACAGGUCUUAUUUUGUCGUCUAACUGAUGAGCAGCAUAAAGUCUACCAGAAUUUCAUUGAUUCCAAGGAAGUUUACAGGAUUCUCAAUGGAGAGAAUCAGAUUUUCUCUGGACUGGUAGCUCUGAGGAAGAUCUGCAACCACCCUGACCUCUUUUCUGGGGGUCCCAAGAAUCUCAGUAGUCUUCCAGGGGACGAGCUAGAGGAAGAUGAGUUUGGUUACUGGAAACGUUCUGGGAAAAUGAUUGUGGUUGAGUCUUUGCUGAAAAUAUGGCACAAGCAGGGCCAGCGAGUGCUGCUGUUCUCCCAGUCGAGGCAGAUGCUGCACAUACUGGAAAUGUUCCUGAGAGCCCACAAGUAUUCCUAUCUCAAAAUGGAUGGGACCACUACCGUAGCAUCAAGACAACCACUGAUUACAAGAUACAACGAGGACACAUCCAUCUUUGUCUUUCUUCUGACCACACGGGUGGGUGGCAUAGGAGUGAACCUGACCGGGGCCAACAGAGUCAUCAUCUACGACCCUGACUGGAACCCAAGCACCGACACACAGGCCCGGGAGCGAGCGUGGAGGAUAGGUCAGAAGAAGCAGGUAACUGUCUACAGGCUUCUGACAGCUGGCACCAUUGAGGAAAAGAUCUACCACCGACAAAUCUUCAAGCAGUUUUUGACAAACAGAGUGCUAAAAGACCCCAAACAGAGACGCUUCUUCAAAUCCAAUGACCUUUACGAGCUGUUUACUCUGAGUAGUCCUGACUCAUCCCAGAGCACUGAAACAAGUGCUAUUUUUGCAGGAACAGGCUCCGAUGUUCAGACUCCCAAACGCCAUUUGAAAAAAAAGACUCCACCAGCCCCAGGAACAAAUUCCAAAGGCAGGAAGUUCCCCGUUUCUGACACAUCUGCAAAUGGCGCCAUCCUGACUGAAGAAGAGUCUGAGGCAAUGGGAGCUGCAGGAAGUGCACCUUCUACAGAAAGUGGCCCUGUGCAGGGCGACUGUCACCAUAGUGGGAGCGGAACUAGCGGCGUUGCCUUUGGAGAAGGGACAGGUGCAGGGUCCCACCUGGAGCAGCUCUCAGAGAGGAGUGGAGAUGGGAAGCGUUCAGAUUGUCCAAUAGUGGACCAGACAUCCAGGCCGUCUGGUGAGCCGAGCACCAGUGAGAAGCAGGGUCCUUCUUCCAAAGGGGAAUGCUGCCAGGUUCAGACGGGACCUGCUCUCAUGAGUGAACAAACAGAAGGUCAUUUUUGUAAGCACAAAUCAAAAAGGAAACAUGACGCAGCAAAGGAAGAGGCCCCAGAGAAAUGUCUGCAGCCCAAGCAAAAGGCCAAGAACUCCAAGCAUUGCAGAGAUGCCAAGUUUGAGGGCACCCGAGUUCCAUACCUGGUGAAGAAAAGGCGAUACCGCCAGCAGAACCCUGAGCAGGAGAGCGCGGCCAAGGGACGAAGCAGUGAUGACUAUGUCUUGGAAAAGCUUUUCAAAAAAUCAGUGGGUGUGCACAGCGUCGUGAAACAUGAUGCCAUCAUGGAUGGGACCAACCCGGAUUAUGUGCUGGUGGAGGCAGAAGCCAGCCGAGUGGCUCAGGACGCCUUGAAAGCUCUCAAGUUCUCUCGCCAGCAGUGCCUGGGGGCAGCAUCUGGUGUCCCCACCUGGACUGGCCACAGGGGUAGUUCUGGCGCACCAGCAGGAAUGAAGAAUAGGUUCGGUAAGAAGAGGAACUCCAGCCUCUCUGUGCAGCGUCCUUCUUCACGUACAGAAAAGUCUCAGAACAAUGUGAAAAAGGAGGGGAAGGCUCCUGCCCCUGAGCACUUCAGUGGCCAAGAAGAUGGAGCGUCUUUGUCUGGAGCCCCCAGUUCCUCCUCACUCUUGGCCAGAAUGCGAGCAAGAAACCAUCUCAUCCUGCCGGAGCGCCUGGAGAGUGACAACGGGCACCUCCCUGAGGCUGCUGCCUUGCCUCCCUCCAGCACAGAACAUGACGACCUUCUGGUAGAGAUGAGGAACUUCAUUGCUUUCCAGGCCCAGGUGGAUGGCCAGGCCAGCACUCAGGAGAUCCUACAGGAGUUCGAAUCCAAGUUGUCUGCGGCACAGUCCUGUGUCUUCCGAGAACUGCUGAGAAAUCUGUGCAGUUUUCAUAGGACUCCUGGUGGUGAAGGGAUUUGGAAACUGAAGCCAGAAUACUGCUGAACAGCAGUGCCCCUAGACCUUUUCAAAUGGGAACCUCGGCUCACCAAUCCUGGAUGAGUGAUCGUGUGUGUGUGUGUGUGUGUGUGUGUGUGUGUGUGUGUGUGUG